UGUGAAGUCUUGUAAUAAUCCACCACAAAUCAUCUUUUCAUAAAGUUCUUUUGUCAACUCUUGUUGUGUAUAGUUCAUCAAAGAUCAUUUUUCUAAGAGGUUCCUUUUGUCAAACUUUUGCACUCCAUUGUUGCAGCUAGCUGAGAGAAAAGCCCAUUGUUAACGAUGAAUGGACAAGGCAACAUGGCUCCUUUAAGCAUCCAGUAUCAGAAUCCUUUUCGCAACAACGAUGAUGAUGCUGGCAAGAGAACCGAUGUCUCGAAGUAUCGUCAGGUCCCCCCAGUGUCUCGUUACCCAGCCGGGUCGCCGCAUUUCAGCCCUGGACCACGGUUUACUCAGUCGUCACCUACCUUCUCCUACAUCCCUCAGACCAGUCCUUCAUCGACGUCCUUCCAUACUUCAUUGGCACAUGUGUACCGCCCUUCUCCCUCUCCCUACCGUCCACCAGUGUCUCCUUCUCCCUCAUCGUUCCGUCCACCGGUGUGUCCUUCUCCCUCGCCGUACCGUCCACGGCUGUGUCCAUCUCCCUCCUCGUACCGUCCACCGGUGUGUCCUUCUCAGUUUGGUCGUGGUUCAUUUCCUCAUUCCAAUCCCAAACCACAGUUGGAGACGCAGUUGAUGCCUGUUAUCUCCUCCACACCGCCACCCCCAUCACAUAUCUACUACUCAAAUAUGUCGGUGUCUCAGCCGGCACCUGUCUACUCGUCUGUACCGUCGUCGCCAAUGUCUUCCUCAAUUUUGUCAAUGACUCAACCAUCGCCUGUGCUCUCGAACUUUCCAUCGUCGACUGAGUACUAUUCAUCCUAUCCGUCGGUGAGUAAUAUGGCGCCUGUGUUCUCCUCCUCACCGUCGUCGCCUAUCUACUCCUCUAAUAUGCCGGUGACUCAGUCGAAGCCGGUGUUUUCAUCUUUACUGUCGUCGCCUGAUAAUUCCUCAUAUUCGCUGAUGAACCAGUCCAACCAUGUGUCUACGUUGUCCCUUGUCGACUACUCAGGUUCCCAAGGGACUCAGCCAGGGCAUGUGUCCUCAUCCAUACCGUCAUCCCAUGUCCACUCCUCAAUGUUGUCUUCUCCAUCUUUAGCCUGUGGUGAACCACUGCUGCCGAGGUACCCUACUCCUCCUUCAUCACAUGUGGAUAAUAGAGUCUCUAACAUGAGGUUUAGCCAAAACCCUUCUCCCUUGCCUCCUCUGGUCCCGGUGAGGAAGUUUAAGAGUGGGCCGACGACUAUUUCGGGUGUGAAGAGAAGAGCAGGCAAAGAGAUUGAUCCUCGAACCAGACACUACCAGAAUGUUCCAAUGGAUAGUUGUUUCAAUGACAUGAUAAAGACAUCUCUUUCUCCUCAAGUGAAUUUUCCGGUUGAUGGAAACGGAGGAUAUUCUUCUUUAAAAUCCAAGACGUACGCGCAAAGCAUCAGGGAGAUUGAAUCUCAUGAGGAUAAGAAAAAGAAAAGACUCCUUGCAAACCGAGAGUCAGCUGCACGUUCAAAAGAGAGGAAGGAUUCCUACGUUGCUUCUUUGGAACGCAGGAUUAUGUCUCUCCAGUCCGAGUACAAUUCAUUAUAUCAUACCGUCACUGUUUUGGAGAAAAAUAAAGCGAUGACGAUGCAAGAGAUCAAGCAAAUGCAACUUCGAAUUCAAUAUUUAGAAGACAUGAAGCUAAUUCGUGAUGAAAUCUCAAUGCUGAAGGGGGAAUCAACCUUGAGUGGACAAGAGAGCGUAGACGCUCAACGGCUUAAGGAGGCAAUAGUCGUGAACCAACAGAUGUCUGCAGAAAUCGAGAGGUUAAAGUUGGCUGCAGUUAAGGUGAAUCAGGUGGUGCCAAAUGAUCAUGAUGACCAAUGUGAAGGAUCAAACAUGCAGCCACCCGACCCAAACAUGGUCCAGCAACUCAACGUCAACCAGUUCAACCAGUUUAAUCAGUUCAACCAGUUCAAUCAGUCGGAGCCAAACUUUGAUUUUGAUGGACAGACCUAAAGAAGUUGAAGUGGCUAUGACAAAAUCUUAUCUGACCAGAGAUUUUUAAAGUUCUGGUUUUUAUUUUAUUUUAAUUAAAGUUGUUUCAGUUCUAUUAUCUCUAGUUUAUUCCGUUUAGGGUCAUGUUAAGAUUAACAAAUCUAUCUCAAAUCUCAAUAUAGAGAGAGUAAUAGAUAUGAUUGUAACCGUGUGAGGGGUUCAGAGUUCAGACAAUGUGACCUUUGUCAAUUUCUGUUUUGUUUUAUCCAGUUCUCUGUUUUCUUCAAUAAAGCUGUGUCCUUUAUUUUA